UGAUGUAGCUGCAGCAAGAGGGUUGGCGGGAGUGGUGUGAGGCUGACUGACGCGUUCUCCACCGCUUGUCUUCCUCAGUAAAGCUGUACUCAAGGACUAUAAUGGUAGUGUUAGAAUUGGCAGAUUCUUUAACGGAGGAAAUGUUUUCCUAUGAUUCUGAGAGGAACACCACCAAAUCCAACCUCCUCAUCUUUGAUGCCAUCCUUCCCAAUGCCAGUGUGUUCCUUGGAAAUAUAACAGAGACUGUGAUUGGCUGCUUUUCUUGGUCAUCAUCCAAUCAUUUUUUGUUUCAAGUUGCCAAUGUUGUGAUUUUGAUUGGCCUUUGUUCACCAGAUAGGAAAAAUGGUGUCCUCUUUAUGCACAGUAGUUUUGUACUGGGGUUCUUGUUGCUGUCUAUUUGGUCCUGGGUGAUCCUGUGUGCUCCAGAUUUCUUCUCCUGGAACUUUGCAUUCAUGGUGAUCAAUGCCUUCCAGGCUCUGUUCAUCAUGUACAACAUUCGACCGGUCAAGUUCUGUGUUGAGCUGGAGGAAAUCUAUGUCCGGCUGUUUCAGCCACUCAAGAUCCCCAGGUCCCUGUUUAAGAAACUGACCUGUGCAGACUUUUGUACACUGACCACCCUUCAUGAGGGAGAGGCAUACUGCUCUCAGGCCAUCAGUAAGACUGACCGUCUUGGCCUCCUCAUCUCGGGCAGAAUGAAUGUGUACCAUCAUCACAACAUACUGCACCAGAUACAGGAAAUGGAGUUUAUUGACUCGCCAGAGUUUGAAUCUGGUGUCAGUGGCGAUGAGAAGUAUCAGGUGUCUAUUUAUGCUGUGGCCACCUGCCGUUAUAUCUUCUGGCCUCGUCAAAGCCUGGAAUACCUGCUGAUAAAGGAACCGUACCUGGCCAAUGUCAUCAAUGCCAUGCUCGGUCGUGACAUCACCACCAAACUCUACGCCCUGAAUGAAAAGGUGACGUCCCCCAAGGGAGCAAGGAUGGAUAUUCGCCUACCUACUGUAUCGUCCACUAUCAAAGCUAAACCAGAUCUCCGGAAAACAGUGGUCGGAAUGAUUGAGGAUCUGUCUCAGAACGAGGCUAGACAUAACGGCAGCAGGUCUCCAGGCAAUACAAAGGAUGUUGCCGAAAUCAACAAUCUGACGCGGCCGAAUAUAGAAGAGGAAGAAGAAGAAGACCCGUAUUUAGACGAUUCCGUUGAAGAAAAUGAGAAGACGGAAUUACUGAAUGGACAUGUCCGCCCUCCGCUGUUUGGAGGGCCAAGUCUGUCAACCUGUAGCGAAACACCGUCAGGGUCUCACGGAUCUGUCAACUCGGGACUUCAUUUUAACAUCUGAGCACAAUCGAGUCGAAACAAGAAUCCUAAAAAUCUGAAUGGUGGCAUUUGACAUUGUGUGUUUUGAACUUGCUCUUCAAAUGAAUGGGACAGCAUUGGACAUUCUGAUGCCGAAGUAGAUUUGAUGGGGAAUAAAGAAUGUUUUAUUUAACUUUAGCUGAAUCAUUGUAAAGCUUUUAUGGUUGAUUUCUUUUUCAGGGAUCUGUCAGUAUAUCAAAUUGAUUUCGCUGUGCAGAAUAUUAUGUACAGUUAGUGUUGUGUAACAAUCAGAAUCCAUUUCCAGAUUGUCUUUUUAAUCUUGUUUUCCUCGGUCAUGGUUCCUCUUCUUUAUUUGGUUGAUUGUAAUGCUCACUACUUUGGUGGAUCUAUAAUGACCCUUCCUGUCAUGUCUCAAAAAUUUUGAGAAAAAUGAAUUGGUCAGCUGACUGUUCACAUAUGUACUGCAUCUAACUUGCCAAGUGUUCUUUCUAUACACAGGUUUCUUGCUUUAGCCCUUUCACCACUGUAGACCAUAAUGGACUCAUCCAUAUCAAUGUAUGGUAGAGUCUACUAAAGUUUCAUAGGGGUGAAAGGAUUGGUUUAUGCUGUUGGAAAAUUUGUACAUACUAGUAGUUACUUGUGUAAUUGUGCGAGCACAAAAUGAUUUCCUGUCGUCCAAUUAUUUGUGGAAUAGCUAUACCCAUCUUUGUAAAGUCUUGGGUGAGACGGCUGCUCCUGAUCUUUCAAGCCAAAUUCAAUGAAACUAUACAAUAUCAUUAAAACUACAGCAUAUAUUCAUGUGAAACCUAUUUUAAGUAGAUGUGAACUGUAAUAUUUCUAUAAAUUUUGACAACAUAUGUAUAUUUUAGAUCUCCAUGUUUCCUUCUGUUCAUAACUUUCAACAUUGUAAUGAUGUAGUUUCACAGGUCUAUCAAACAUACCGUUCUCAUGAUUUUCUUUCCAGGAUUAAGGCACAAAUAAAUGGAUGACCAGGAGGUAUUUAAGGAUGUCAUUGGCUUAUAUAGCUUUAACUUUAUUUCUCUUCAUUUUAUCUGGUACAACAUUUAAUACUUACAAAGGCCGCUUUCAGGUUUCAUACUUUUUCUGCAACUAUUUAAACUCAUUGUCUUUCCUUGCAAAAUGUGCAUUAGUAUCUGCUGUAUGGCCCUGUAUGAUCUAACUUAUUCAGUGUUGACGGGAUGUCUGGUAAGUCAUUAACAGAUAAACAGAACCCUUCCCAAUCAAUACAACAUUAAUCCAUUAUCUCAUAUUUGAUGGUUCCCCUCAAUUCCACUGUGGAAUCUAGAGUUUUUGACUUGCCUGACCCCAUAGCAUUGGCUUGAAACUCUUCUGUCUUUUCUACUCUUUCUCUCUUGCCUCCCCUAAACAUUGCUUGUGAACUUUUCUCUCUCUUCUACUCUUACUUUAUUGCCUCCCCUAAUCAUUGCUUGUGAACUUUUCUCUCUCAUCUACUCUUACUUUAUUGCCUCCCCUAAUCAUUGCUUGUGAACUUUUCUCUCUCAUCUACUCUUACUUUAUUGCCUCCCCUAAUCAUUGCUUGUGAACUUUUCUCUCUCAUCU